AUGGCUUCCUCAUCUUCUUCUGCCAACCGUGAAGGACACUACAGAGGUGUAAGAAAGCGACCAUGGGGACGCUACGCUGCUGAGAUUCGUGAUCCCUGGAAGAAGACACGCGUUUGGUUGGGUACAUUUGAUACUCCUGAGGAAGCCGCGCUUGCUUACGACGGCGCCGCUCGUUCUCUCCGUGGAGCUAAAGCUAAAACCAACUUCCCUCCUGCUCCGGUCGCCGGCGGUCUUUGCCUCGACCUCAACGCUCCUUCUACUGGUCUAACCACUUGGCCGCCAGUUCCUUCUCGCAGCUUAGUUCUCACUGAGUUUCUCCAAACCGGUGUUCUCAAGGAUUUCAACCCACCUCAGCCUCCACCCAUCGCUGCUCUCGCUGGACAGAGACGUAAUGACGGUGCUCUUCCCGUUUCUGCCAGAGUUCAGAUGGUUGAGAACUCCCCAACGGCAGCUUACUUGGGACUCGUUCGACGUGGGAUCCCGAUUGACCUCAACGAACCUCCACCGUUGUGGCUAUGA